AUGGAUCCCGAUAUCAUCAAAUACCCGCUUGUCAAUCCGAAUCUGAUCAUUUCAGUUUCACCCGACCCCAUCAGUCCCAAUGGCUUGAAGGUUCCAGUCUCUCUGUACGUGGAAGGGUUCGAAAUCAAGGAGGACCAGACAUGGCGUAACGAGAAAAAUCCACCCAAAGACACGAAGGAUACAAAGGAGAAACGCACUCCGCAUUCGUUCAAUUUAUACACAUACCAGAUUUACGGUCUCUCUCAGAAGAAAUUCAAGUUGGCCGUCCCUGGCAAAGAUGGAACCAAGGAACAUCCAAAUGGUAUAUCUGGCGGAAACAUACGGCUCUAUGUCGAAGAGCUUGCAGAGUCCGAUGCAAACCAUCUCCAAAUUAACGUGCCUGGAGGACACGGUUGGGACGGCAUAGCGACAACACAAGGCCAAACUCUAGACAACGGCGGAGAUGGAGGCGACGGAGGAACUGCCAAUGCAAUCCUGGGACGUCCGUUUGGAAUGGCCGUCUUCGUGUCUGAGCUGUUGCGGGACCGACUUGAUGACGGAAAGAAGAAAUGGCCAGCGGACUUUGCCGACAUCGUCGAAACCUGGGUCGAUGAAAUGACUGUGAGCAACGCGAUCAAGCAAGCAGCCCCGUUGCCAAGUGGCAUGACAAACACAAAGGAGAUCCUGAGUACAUCGAAGGAUCAUUUCAAAAAGGAGCUGAAACGAACGCAGAAGCAUCUUCUUCGCCCUGGAGACAAUCUCCGCAAUGCUAUGAGCAACGGCAUCGACGUCAGUGGAGGAUCGUACGGCACGGGGGGUACAGGUCCAAAUGGACAAGGAAAGAGUGGAAAGAAGGGUGUAGAGGGGAAGGAGUCAAUCGUGCUUACCGAUGAGUAUGACGAUAUCCUCGCUGCGUCGACUUGCUUCCUGCAUCCCGUGCAAUGCCAAAUGCUGCUGAACAAGGCAAAGCUGUAUCUUUUCUUGGGAACCGACGAGAACCGCGCGAGAGCCUUGACUCUGCUUGAACGACUGCAACUCCGACUGUCAAUUUUGGGUGAUCCAGAUACGCCAAAGGAUCUGUCAAAGACUGCUCUCGGCCAGGCCUAUCGGAGCGCAGAGCCCAGCUUGCACAUCGUGAAAGGCGAUGAAACGAAAGAGCCCAUAUCUAUCCAGCAGCUCCGGAAUAUCCGCACCGAGGUCGAGACCAGGUUGAGAGAACUGCACGUUCCCAAAGCCAAAACCAAGAACACUCCGAUCAAGGUCCCUCGAGCUUCAUUUGCCUUUUACUCAGCCUAUGCCACUUCUUUUUUAAAGGAGCUCAAGGAGGUCGAAGACGCCUAUAUUAACUACUUGAAGCACGACAAAUCUGCUGAAACAAAGAAAACAACGGUACAUGAACGUGAAAACAGAUGCAAAGCAGCGAUCUCGCACAGGCAGGACUUAAUCCAGACUGUCCGCCACGAUAUGGAUUCAGCUGCGCAUAAAGUAUCUGUCGCACAGGAUACAAUGGAUGUGUCUAAGAUAAAGCUCACCAGUACACUGAAUCAGCUGAAGGAAAAAGUGGCAAGCUACAUUGGACUCAACGUUGACAAUCUAAUUUCCGCCCUUGGCCAGGUCAUCUUUACGGGGGGUUCGAACUGGAUGAUGGCCAACCAGGGCCUCUCCGUUGCCUACGACUCCCUUACUAAGAUGCAGAAUGAUUCUGGUGUGCCGAUUGACAAACGAUAUCUUGUCAACAAUAUCACCCGAAUCAAUGGAUCCAUUGAGGGUCUGAAAGAGGGCUUUGAGCUGCUGAAGAACGGUGGUGUGAGCUUUAGUGACCCUGGGGGCUCCAAACUGGCGAUUCUGGACACCCAGAUGGAAGCUUUUAUCAACCAGUUCAGUACCAAACUGGGGGAAACCACUGUCAAAGGUGUCAGAGAUGACUUUAAGAACUACAUUGAGGCCGUCCAGAAACGCAAUUCAGCUGUCCUCAGCUAUUCGCAAGAUGUCCAGCUUCUAUUGCGUUAUAUGACUGAGAUCGACACUUUCGAAGCCAGUAGAAAGGACUUGAUCCGCAAGGAAUACAAUGAACUCGGCACGGAGCAUCCCACACUGACAGCAUUUAUGCGGACCAUGUACACGAAUGCCUUAACUGGCGUACAGGUCUGGCUACAUGGCAUGCAGAACGCAUACAACUUUUGCGCCUUGGAGGAUCGAAACAUCAUAGGUGAGGAGAUGAAGAACUUCAACUUCUCCAGCUUCAACUACCCCAUGUUGAACCGAAUCAACACCAGGCUGGCUCAAGCGUAUACGGACAGGGCAGCGGCAUGGGGUCGUCCUCCGCAGCAGAUGAAAGGCAUCAAAUUUCCCAUUCCAAAUGGUGACACAUACCUGCAAGAGAAGGGGGCAACCGCCAAGAAGGCCAUGAUACAUGCCACUAUCACGCCCGACACCCUUCUGCCAGGCACUAACAAUCACUUGUUUGGGUCGGAAAGAGUCGAUGUGCGUGUUACUAGUGUUCGGUUCUACGUUGACGGCGUUGUGCCGAAUGGUAACUUCUUGGAUGUCUGGAUCACUCACGGAGGUAGCGAGACCAUUGUGGAUGACAUGAACAAGUCCCAUUUCUACGACCAUGAACCAGUCAAAACCAACUUCCGGUACAAGAUGGGUGAUAAGAACUACACCGGCGCCGGCUAUGUCAAGGGUGAUAUCGCUCCUGCUGCUUUCAACCCAUCCGUCACAGGCCAAACCAGGGAUCCAUAUGCAUUGGUUGGGCCCAAACGCGCAUCUGGAAUUUGACAUCUUGUUCCGUGCGAAGGCGUAAAACCAUCUAUCUAGCGGCGUGCCUUUUCUUGAUUGACCCUCACUUCUGCCAGUCGCCUUUUCUCGUCGGUAUCAGCUUUGAUUGCCUUGAUGAGCGCCUCAUCUGCCUUUUUUUCCACACGCUCCUUGAUAUCCUCAGUCUGCUCCUCAAUUGGCCUCCUCUUCUUCUCUAUUUCUUCUUUUUCCUUUUCGAAUUCCUUCUUUGCGUCUUUCUUUUGCUCUUCCCUCUCUUCUGUCGAUAGGUGGUCUUGUUUGUCGAUCUCAGCUAGCUUCCUUUUGUACGCAUCAUCAUGUUGUUUCAAAUCCGCAGCAAGCCGCUUAAGCUUUUCUAGUGCUACCUCCGUCCCCCAUCGUCGGUCCAAGUAGAACUUGAAUAAAGAAUCCAGCGAGACAGGGGGCAUGUGUUCAUCAAAUCGAG